CUCUGACAAAAUAUAUCGUGAAGAGGUAGGAACAGAUAUAUCCAUGGAUGCGGCUCUUCGCUCGAAAUUGCCUCCCUCCUUAUGAUGUCUCACUUGCUCCUCCGCCCCCAGAUCUUUGCAACAUUGUGCCUCCAUCCCCUUACAGCCAUCUGCUACAGAUCGGAGGACUCAGGAGGAUGCUCCGAUCUUCCGUUUCUGUUCAGCACUUUGUCGCACAGUUAUGGAUAUUGGCAGGAAAUCUCAAGGGAGAUGUACUCGCCGGUGACCCUAGAGAUACAAAGGAUGGCCGUGUUCCGGUGCUUCGGGCGGCUUUUGCGCUAACAAACUAUGUUUGCAUAUCUGAUUCUGAAGAUCCAACCAAAAUCAUCCUUCCGUUACCCAAUUAUAGACAUGCUGCCGGAGGGGUGAAGCCCGUUGCCACCACCCUUCUUAGAUACAUCCGUCGGGUCACCAGAGAUACUUCUGCUGUAGAAGCACCUCGAUCAUGGACACGACAAGAUCGGAGCGUACAACAAAUAUUUUUCUUCAUUA